GCCAAGCGGGUGAACGCCUCGAUGACUCCACGCGUCCGCUCUCGCUGAAGUUUCGCGUGGACACGAUUAGCCAAAUAAGCACACACACACAGCAGCAGGAGUGGCUUGUGUCCUAGAGCCGUGGACAGCGGUCCCGUACCACGACAUCAGCAGCAUCGGCAUCGUCGGGUGACGUUAAGGUGGGAUGGCGCCUGCGCUGUGUGCCCGAUGGACGCAGGAGCCCCCAAGCCCCCCACCUCCCGCGCCCGGUGGCCGCGUCAUGGCACGCGGAGGCGCGUGCCGCUCCGCGUUGCUGCUGCUGCUGCUGGGACUCGUCGCGUGCGCCAGCCCGCACCCCUGGGCGGCCCCAACACCCACGGACUCGACGCGGUCGGAGCGCCACGCGGACGGGCUGUUCACGAGCGGUUACCGCCACGUGCUCGGCCAGAUGUCUGCGCGCAGGUACAUGGACGGGCUGGUGGCGGCACGCCUCGGCUACGCCAUGAAGACGAGCGAGCCCGUGCUCGGCAAGCGCCAGGCUGAUGCCAUCUUCACCAACGGCUUCAGCCGCUACCGGCACAAGCAGGCGGCCAGCAAGCUGCUGCUGUCUCUGCUCGAGAGCCGCCGCGGCCGCAAACACAGCCUGCUCCUCGACAACCCGCCGCCCGUCUACGGGUCCAGCGACACGGGCGAGUUCCAGAAGCUCAAGGAAUUCAUACAGAUCACGCUGCAGAUGUCGGGAAUGUAAAACCCAGGAUGUGCCUUGCCGAACACUCAGACCGGAGGAUAACACAACAACAAAAUAACAUCAUCAACAACAACAACAACCAGAGGCAUCAAACACCAGCAGCAGCGCUGCGCGGCUGU